GUUACGAUAGCUUUGAGCAAGGGGGCCCCCUGAGGUGUAAAGGUUAAGUGACCUGUCUGCACCGUUGCAAAGUUAAACAAACUUGCUAGCCUUGAGUAAAGUCCAGUGGGAAUCAUUCAGUGGAAGAACAGACAGGACGGCCUCAAAGAGCUUUGCUGAAACCUAACCAAGAAAAAAACCAAUAAAGAGACAAUAUUUUCACAGCAUCGUCCUCAGAAAGAGGUCUGGGUUGUGAUAUCAUGGAUCUUCUACACAGCUGGGGUGUUGAGCUGGCUGUCUAUCUGCAGACCAGAUAUGGCAAAUAUGAAGGUUUGUUCGACCUGGCAUCCACAGUGGCCGAUUUGCACACCACGUUCUUCUGGUUGUUCCCGAUCUGGUUCCACCUGCGGAGGGACACGGCACUCAGGCUCAUCUGGGUGGCUGUCAUCGGAGACUGGCUCAACUUGGUCCUAAAAUGGGUUCUAUUUGGGGAAAGACCUUAUUGGUGGGUUCACGAGACCAAGUUUUAUGGAGCAGGACCGGCCCCUUCACUCCAGCAGUUCCCCAUCACAUGUGAAACUGGACCAGGAAGUCCUUCAGGUCAUGCCAUGGGCGCAGCUGGUGUCUGGUAUGUCAUGGUAACAGCACUGCUCUCUAUUGCAAGAGAAAAACAGUGCCCCCCAUUGCUAUACAGAUUUUUGUAUAUAGGCCUGUGGAUGCUAAUGGGCCUGGUCGAGCUGGUGGUAUGCAUUUCCAGAGUCUACAUGGCUGCUCACUUCCCACACCAGGUUAUUGCAGGAAUCAUUACAGGCACACUGGUAGCUGAAGUUGUUUCCAAGGAGAAAUGGAUCUACAGCGCAAGCCUGAAGAAGUACUUCUUAAUUACCCUCUUCCUCACCUCCUUUGCUGUUGGCUUUUAUGUGCUCCUUAAAGCUCUGGAUGUGGACCUGCUGUGGACCAUGGAGAAAGCCCACAAGUGGUGCAUCAGGCCAGAGUGGGUUCACCUAGACUCUGCCCCCUUUGCUAGCCUCCUGCGGAACAUGGGCAGCCUGUUUGGUCUGGGCCUCGGUCUGCACUCACCGUUCUACAAGACAACCAAGAUGAGGAUUAUGAGCGCCCCUUUGAGGAUUGGAUGUAUUGUCAUCUCUGUAUCCCUGCUUCACCUGUUAGAUGAAUGGACAUUUUCCCCUGAAAACCAUAUGACUUUCUAUGCCCUUUCCUUUGGUAAAAGUGCCGUUGCACUUUUAAUCCCAACUACUUUGGUGCCUUGGGCUCUCAGCAAGAUUUACCCUGUAAAGACAGAAGGCAAAAACUUGUAGCUUUGAGGCAACUGGAGGAUUAAUGUUCUAUAUUUACAAAGAUUCUUACUUCUCAUUUUUAAUAGACAUGGAUUAAGCCUCAUCUGUACUGUUCACUGUUUUUUUUUCUGUUUUAAUCUGGGUCUAGGUUAACUCCAUAUCUAUGAAACUUGCUAUAGAGUUUUUGGAAUGUCUGAAGAUAUUGUGCUGGCCUUGUUACCAUUUAGGAGCAGAGGGAAAAGGCUACUUUACUGAUUGGAACAAUAACAUUUAAUUGGAUGUUACCAUUCCCAGAAUCUAGACUACUUAGGGACA